CGAUUUUGACAUUUCUUUCAUUUUCAGGAACAUGUUUCCAGAGAACAUCGUUGAGGCAUGCUUUAGAACGUUUAAAACAGCGGGCAUCAAGACAGUGGUGCCAGUUCCUUCUCUGACCACUGGGGAUUUCUUCAACCUAACCUUGAUGUCAGGACUGACCAUCCACCAAUCAAUGGGCUUCAUCAACGGAACCUUACAGACCAUCGGGCAGAAGACCAUGGAUUUCAGGUCAAUGGCGCUUGACGCCCAAACCGUCGCUGAUGACAUGGACAUGUUCCUACAGGAUAUGGACAGUACCUACAUAUUCUUGAUGGAAGCAAUAAACGAAGCCAAAGACAACAAUCCUGCAUGGGACACGACUACAGCGAAUGAUCUUCUUGCAGAUUUCUUGAACCAUAUAGAAGAUCUAAGAGCCGUUGUGGAUGGCCUUCCAUCGACGGGACAGCUGGAUGAAAUGGACAUGACACAGCUGGGUAACAUGACCGGGAUGGUACUGUGGGCAGCGGGUGAAACGGUAACGGACUUGUUAUCAAGUCUAAAGACGCUUGAUAAUGUAGAUAUACCCACCUUAAACGCAACGUCCCAUGCUCUUCACUUGAUCAUUUCUUCCAUGAAUGAUGUAGUGUACAUGGUCGAACCGCUUCAUCUAAGUUCGCUUAUCCAUACAACAAACACAGAUGUUGUAAGUUUGGUUGAUAUCAUCGCGAUGUUCCAACCUGAUGACAUAGAACUCACCAGAAAGGUUCACAUCAUGAAUGUCAACUUGAUCAACCUUGUCCUAGCCACGAUGCAGGACCUUCAGGGCAGUGACCGCCUUGAGCUCACCCACGUCUCCCAAUCCAUGCAGAAACUGUCCACCAACCUGGUCUACCUGAUGGACAUGACCGAAGACGUGUAUACCUUGGACUUCCUCAACCAGAUCAGCACACUCCUGCAUGACAUGAGUGGCGCCAUCAAGCACAUGUCCAUGGUACUAUACUCGCCACGUACGCUCAAGAUGGACUCGCUUCUGCAGCUCAACCAGAUCAUCGCGCAGAUGAAUGAGGUAGUGAACACCAUGUCUGCAGUUCUAGAAGAGAGUACGGAUUACACCAUCUGGUACAGAGGAAACACCACCGAGAUUGUCGAGACUGUCUGGGAAGGAACCUACGUCUACAGUAUGAAUAUCCUUGGGCUCGUUGUCUUCUCCAUCGCCUUCGGGGUCGUCGUUGGUCGCAUGGGUGACGAUGGAAAAGUUGUCAUCAGCUUCUUUUCUGCUACCAAUGAUGCCAUCAUGAAACUGGUCAUGAUCAUUAUGUGGUAUGCUCCUAUCGGUAUCCUCUUCCUCAUCACCGGAAGCAUGGUCGGGGUGGAAGACUGGGCCGAGAUCUUCACUCAGCUAGGUCUUUACAUGGCUACAGUACUAUCUGGACUCGCUAUCCACGGAAUCAUCAUCCUACCUCUUCUUUACUUUGCCGUCGUCAGGAAAAACCCGUAUAAGUUCCUCAGUGGGGUCACCCAAGCUCUCUUUACAGCACUAGGGACAUCGUCAAGUUCGGCAACCCUACCAGUAACAACCCGAUGCUUAGAGGAAGGCCUCGGGGUAGAUCCCCGUGUUGUUAGGUUUGUUCUUCCGGUCGGUGCGACGAUCAACAUGGACGGCACAGCUCUUUACGAAGCAGUAGCAGCCAUCUUUAUUGCCCAAGUAAACAACAUUUCACUAAGUUUUGCUGAUCUCGUAACAAUAAGUUUAACUGCGACUUUCGCGAGCAUCGGAGCAGCAGGUAUUCCCCAAGCCGGACUCGUCACCCUCGUCAUCGUCCUAACCGCAGUCGGCCUACCGACAGACGACGUUGCACUCAUCCUUGCUGUCGAUUUCAUCCUUGAUCGAUUCCGAACGAUGGUCAACGUCGAGGGCGACUCAUACGGUGCCGGGAUCGUCGCGAAGCUAUCGAAGAAAGACCUCAAGAAAACAGACGAGAUGGACGCUCUUGAAAAUGCCGAAGUCACAUUCAACGGAAAGACAAAUAAGGACAGAAAAGACAGCGAUGUGCAUGCCUACACAAACGGUACCUAUUCGCAUCACGACGAAAGUAAUACAGCUCUUUAAUUCAGACUUUAUUCAUUCCAAGAUAACUGCUAUCCUUCUCUACUGUUGUUGCUGAUCAACAUUAUCAGAGAAGGCCACGCACAAUUUAUUGGACACAUCGCUAGAUGAUCAUUAUAUUUUUGUGUAUCGAUAAAGACACUUGAUUUGCUUAUAAUCAUAUGUUAUAUUGAAAUAAUGUAUGAAUAUUAUAAAACAUAAAUUUUGGUUCUUGAGUGUGCACAGCAGUUUCAUGUUCUCCGUCAAAGAAAUGAGAAUUAUUAUAUAUUUUUUAUUGAAAACAUGAAUAGAGUCUAUGAUUGUUCAAACAUUGCAAUGCAAACACAAUGCAGACAUAGUCUAUGUUGCAUCAGCUAGAUAUUUUGCUAGUAUUUUCCAAACAAUGUACAGUGGAUAGCUGCCAGCCAAAAAAUGUAAUCAAUGUAAAAACAAUAUUUCAUGAGGCUGAAUAUCCAUCAUUAGCCUCUUAAAAAAAAAUCAUUGAAUAAAAUCAAUACCUUCGAUAUGUCCACUGCAAAUUUGAAUUAGCAAAUAACAUAAAUAUACACUAAAAGUUUGAUAUUUUGGUUAGUCACUUAACCACAAAGGCAUCAAUUUUCACCUUUUGUAGCCAACCUGCAUAAAAAGAUUAAAUUUGAUUUUUAUUCGGGGGAUGGCAAUCAAAAUGUGCGCUAAAUCUAUGAAUGAGGUCUGUCUUGUAUAUGUAAUUCAGCCCGACAGCCGGAGGAAAUCAAUUAACAAUAUAUAUUUUUCCAAAAGUGAGUUCUAAUUUCUUCCAUAUUUUCGAUGCAUAGCAGUAUUGAUGAAUAGAAUUAUUGAUCAAAUGCCGAUUUGAAAUUUUCAAUAAAUCAACCAAUCAAUCGAUUAAUCAAUCGAUCCAUCGACCAAUCGAGCAGUAUAUCAAUCUAAAUCUAAAUAUAUCAAUCGAACAAUUCACAUUACAAAAAGUUUCUAAACGAGAUAACAUCAUUUGCCUGGAAACGAUAUUAUGUAUUUCAUUUCAUUUAAAAUGUUUUCAACUAUAUGAUAUCGAUGUAAUUUUUACAUGGCACGGACCAGUAUUGACCAGCUGAAAUUAUGCUUUCUGUCGAAAAGUUUAUUGUCUCCAAUUAUUAUAAAGCACGAAAUUGUGACUUUAUAAAACACUGUGCGUCGCAUCAACAAACAUCGAAGUCACCAUAUUUACUUAAGCUUUGGGUCUACUGUCCUAUCUUGAAACUGGGGCUACUUUACGAGAUAAGAUGACAUCGACAAUAAAUUGACAGUAUUAAAUUCUGUCCAAGGUUCACCAUUGUAAUCAUGUUAAAUUUACUUCUUUACAAUGGGUGAGUAAUAAUAGACAGUAUAAUAUUAUCACACAGUAAACGUGUCAUGGGAUCUUAAUGGCUCCCCUUGUACAUUUUGAUUGCACUGCAAAAAAAAAAAAAAAAAAACUGUAUUUGCAGUAUGAUAUUUUUUCCACUGCAAAGUGAGAAAUAUUUAUUUUAUAUAAUUACAGAUAUAAUCUGUACAAAAGAUACAUUGUACAAAAGAUACAUUGUGAUUAUUGCGGUAUUCUACUUUCGAGUUAUUAAUAUUAUUAUUAUUCGUUUUAAUACAGUACUUGAGGUUUUAUUUGGGAAAUAAAAUGUUGAAGGAGGGAUCCGUAGAAGUGGUGACGCGAAAUUAUAUUAAACUCAUUUAUAUUCCAAAUUAUUGAAGGAGUAAAAAUACUUAUUUAAUUUACCCCCAAAGGUGACAAAUUUAACCUACAUUAAAUCUCAUUUAAAAUCCUUCCAUAAACACUUCAUAUGCUCAUUGAUUUGUCCGUGUAGUUCUUUCAAUUAUUAUUGCGGGUAAAGGUACAAAGUAAAAAUGUCUGAAAGGGAUGAAUUUUAAAACAUAAAACUACUUCAAAUCACUCUGUCUUACAAUAUUUUUGUAGUUAGGAUAAAUGGCAACAAAUGUGACAAUGUGCCGGUUAUCUAACAUUUUUUGGUGGAUUUUUUUUAAUAGAUACAAUAUCAUGAUCACCUGACCCUGCUACUCGACUUGCCUUUUAAUUGUUAGUCUCUUAUCAAGCAUUUAUGUCCGAUUUUCAUUGUGCCCAUGUUGGCAUAUUACAGACCCUUAUUGAAACUCGAUUGCUUUUCAAACUUGAGUUAAAGGGGAGUGAACUGUUUGUCAUCUCUCAUUGACUGUGUGUUAUAAAAACAUAUUCUUAAAAUAUACGUUUUCAGAUAUCCAUAAGACCAAUAAUAAAUUGUAUUUGUAUAGAAAAACUAAAAUGUUUUGAUAGGAAAAGCAAUUGUUUUGCUACUUGGUAACGUAAUUAUUGCGGUAUAAAUAUAUUGAGUAGUUAAUUAGCAUGUUAUCAUUCAAGUGGGUCUAUAUCACUAGACUACACUAGCAUAAUGGGUCAGGAAACUAGCCAAGUAUGAGUAGUUGAGGACUCGAGAUGGCGCUAUUUAAACUGUUUGUCAGCAGAUGUAUAGUGAGUAGUGCGAAAAAUAAAAAUCAGUUAGCAUACACCUCAGUUGAUACCUGUUGCAAUGACCCUCGACGUGCUGUUGGGGGUCCUUCUUAUUUUCUUAGGAUUAUUUUCUCUUUUUUUUCCAUCCCCCAAAUAAAUAUAUUUCUGUCAAAGAAACUGCAAUAUCAACUCGGUUCGCAGAAACAUUCUUAUAUUUUGUUUAAAGUCGUAAAGGCUUGAUUUUUUUGUGUGAAUGCAUCCAUAUAUUUCCUGUAAAUAUUGUAUAGUAUCAUUCUCUUGUACAUAGUAAUAUAUAUAUCAUGACCCACUGCAUGUAUCCAAAUUCUAUAUAUUUUCUUUUCAUUCAAGCCCGGUUGAUACCAUAAAAGGGAUGAAUAGAAAUCUAAUUUACCAGCGCAAUGCUGGCUCUUCUUUUCUAAUCGCUAAAUAUGUAAUGACAGAGUUAUUACAUAUUUUUUUUGUGUGAAACGAAACCCCUGUUUUGCAAUAUGCCCUUCUAUCUCUAUAUCAUCCUAUCCUUUUAGGACCAAAAUUUUUGUUUCCUAUAUAUGUUGCGUCGUGUCUGCCUUCGAGUAUUGUUCUUAUGCAGCUAAAAUAUCAUUAAAAGUGUGUAGAGGUCUUGUAUCUGUAAGAAAGUGACCAAAAUAUUUCUUUGCCUUAGCUAUACAGUUUUGUCUCGUCGCACUCGUUUUGAUAAGCGUUCUUUGGGCCUUUUCACACGUGAAUCUUGAAUCAUCAUUGUAAUGAUGAUUGCAAUUCGUCUUUAGAAUCAUCGGACCUUUCACACGCUCAUUCGAAAACUGUGAUUUGAGUGAAACUUAACUGGAAUUCACCUUCGGAGUUAGAUUUGAAUUCGUGGUAUAACGUUCGUGAAUCUAAUCAUGUUCCGGUUUGGUUUCACACGUGCUAAAAAAAAAUCGUCAUUAGCCUUAAUUUUCAUCAUUCAAAUUACGAAUUUGUUUUACCGUGUGAAAGAGCGGUUUAUCUUGUUGGUGAUUCAGUUCCUUUCCCGAAGUUGCUAUUAUUUUCAGAGCUUUCGGUAUGAACACUCUGUAGUUGUAGUUAACAAGAGUUUAUUUCUGUUCAACUUUAAGAAGUUUGACUUUAUUUGAAGCUCCGAGUUCGCACAAAAUGCAUGUCUUCUUGUACAAGGAGUCAAUUUAUUUCUGCAUCUAUCUGGAGCUGUAUAUUUUUGGUAUUAUGUGAAUUGUAAAAAUGUAUAAAAUAAAGUAAAUAAAUAAUCGAUUGAAAACAAGUUCCAUAUGGUAUACAUUUGAGUCCAGUUUUACUUCCCAUGAA